AUAAAAAUUUAAGUUUUAGCGCCUUAAUGGAAAACAAUUUAAUUUGGUUAGAAAAAUAUCGUCCAAAAACAUUGGAUGAAGUACAUGGUAAUUUAGAUAUAGUAGAUAAACUAAGAGCAAUAGCUAAAAUGGGAAAUGUGCCAAAUAUUAUAUUGGUAGGUCCUCCUGGAAUAGGAAAGACUAGUAGUGUACUUUGUUUAGCUAGAUAAAUAUUGGGAGAUUCAAUAAAAGAAAGUGUACUUGAAUUAAAUGCAUCUGAUGAUAGAGGUAUAGAGACAGUAAGAGAAUAAAUAAAAGGAUUUGCAUAAAAAAAAGUUAAUUUAUAAGAAGGGAAACAUAAAAUAGUUAUCUUAGAUGAAGCAGAUAGUUUAACAGAAGGUGCAUAAUAAGCAUUAAGAAUGAUUAUAAGUGAUUAUUCUAAUUCAACAAGAUUCGUAUUAUCUUGUAAUGAUUCUACUAAAUUGAUUGAUGCUAUUUAGAGUAGAUGCUGCAUUUUGAGAUUUAAUAGAUUAGGAGAAAAUGAAAUUAGAGAUAGAUUGUUAGAAAUUAUAAAAUAGGAAGAUGUGACUUAUACUAAAGAUGGCUUAGAUGCAUUAACAUUUACAGCUGAAGGAGAUAUGAGAUAGGCUAUUAAUAAUUUAUAAGCUACAUUUACUGGAUUUGGAUUAGUUAAUAGAGAAAAUGUAUUUAAAGUUUGUGAUAUUCCUAAUGUUGAUGAUUUAAAAUUAAUUUUAGAUUAUAUGAUGAAAGGCCAAUUCUAAUCUGCACAAUCUCUUAUGAAGACUAUUUUUGAUGAUGGUUAUAUGGCUUAUGAUAUUACUAAUACAUUCAAUAAAGUUAUACAGAAUUAUACUGAAAAUAGAGACCUUCAAUUUGAAUUCCUUAGAUAAAUUGCCUUUCUUAAAGCUAGAAUUUUAGAAGGGCUACCUACAUUCUUAUAGAUGUCUGGAUUCAUUGCUAAAUGUUGUAAUAUUUCUAAAAGUUAUCACAACAAAUGAUUAUAUUAUUCAAUCC